GAGAAGAAUGCAAAUGGCGAUGGACGGAAUCCAUCGGAAGGAAGCAGAGAAGACCGAGAGAAGGGAGCAACUGGAGAAAGAAGGAGAAGGUGGAGGUUGUCGUUGCGAGAUUACUGUUCAUCAUCUUCUUCAACUUGGACGCAAUGGCUAAAGGGCGGAUCCUUAGCGCCAAAAGGGAGAGGACGCAGAGAGAAGACGGAUGGCACGGUUUCAGGAACAAGGGUAACACUAUUUUCUUUUUUUCUAUUUCAAUUUCUUUAUAUGUAUGGCAAUAUCUUUCAUCCUCUUCCUCUUUUCAUCAGUGUAGAGAAACUGUCUCAGGCUUUGGAAUUUUUCCCGUGCUCUUGCAAAUUCAUCAAUAUUACCCCUAGAAAAAAGCGACAAUAAUAAAAAAAGAUACAUUAAUAAAAAAACUAAGAAAAAUUAUAUUUCUCCUUGAUCUCUCUUAUUCUUUGCUCGUAGAUCAUUCGUCCAAUCUCCGACAACGUAGAAAGGUCGGUUUCCAUGACUUUCAUCUCGGCCUCCUGCUCCUUUAGCUUCAACCAUUUCCCGGCCGAUUUCGUCGCGAGAAGAAACGGAAAUAGAGUCGGACCCUCCCGAACCUGAGGCAAUGGAUUUUGCCUUCUUUCUUCCGAUCGGACGUGGAAUGGGGUCCUCGCCAUCGGAAUCCGCAACGUUGAAGGGAGGGAUUUGAUCGGUCGAACCGAUAGUCUCGUCGACCUCAACCUCGGCGUCGACGGAGGAUCUUUUCCGGAACGAUCCACCGUCGGAAUUGUUGAGUUGUUGCCACUUUGGAAAACGGCUCAGAAUCCUCCAAAGAUCGAUGGGCACCUUGCCUUGGUGCCCGUCGUCUUGAUACUGGGCCGUGGCAAGCCGGAGAACAUCGACGUCGUUCGUCUCGCUCCUCUGGGACCGGGAGCAUUACUCGUAAACUCCGAUAAACUUUUGGACUUUACGGUUGAUGUGGCUCCAAUUGGAAGUGAGUUGGUCCCGGGUUCGGUAGGAGCCGUCCUUGUUCAUCGCCGUGAAGAAUUUCUCCUCGAUACAAUCCCACAUCGUAUCCUUCGUUUGCUCCGAACCUUUAAAAAUGUAUAACACAAUUUUUUUUAGACACGAUUAAAUAUAAUAUAGAUAAAUAAAAACAUAAAUAUAUUAGAAAUUUUUUUUUUUUUUACCAAUGAUAGGAUGCUCGGAAACGUCAACCCAAGCCGACGCCAAUAAGCACUCCUCCUCCGGCGUCCACUUUUGGAUUGACCGUGCCGCCUCAGUCAUCGUGCCUCGUGCCUUUGGCUUUGUGGCUUUUCCGGCAUGUACUUUUUUUCGACCCGGUCGGUUCCGGUUGAGUCUCUGGAACCGAAUCUCGCUUGACGUACCCCGAUUGUUGCGUCUCGUAGAUCGGCGGUUGAUCGCCCCACUUUUGGUAAUACCACAUCGCGGCGUCGCUUGACGGGAGAUUGUCGGGAAAGAAGCCGGAACCGGAAGGAUUCAUGUUGAAAAGAGAGGGGGUGAUUUUGAAAUUUAAAAUUUGGGAAGAAGAAGAUUGAAGAAGAGUGAAGAAGGAAGGUGUGAGAGAUUGGGAGGGGGGUUUGAAUUAUAAGAAUUUUUUUUUGAGUCCAACGGCUAUUAUAGCCGUUAAAGGGGGGAGGGGAGGAGAAUGACGAAGCCUCAUUCCUUUGACGCAGGGCAUGUGACGCCCGAGUAACGUCGCCGGGAGACGGUGUUUAAUGAAUAAUGCCCCCGGGGCUUUAAAACGCCCCUAACGCCGGUGGACGUUACACCCAUAGAAAAAAAUUGGAGUGUAAAACCUAACAUAAUUGCCGCUAAGAAUCAUGUGACCAGGAAUUCUUCUCCCUCUCAUCUACCUACCAGUCCUUCAACUGUGACUCUGCACACCUCCACCCCAUCGCUGCCGGCCUGUCCUCCGGUGACUUUCCCUGCCCCUGUCGGCUCCCCUUGGAGAAUGUGGAGAUAAGACAUCGAUUUUGUGGGGAGAUUUUCAAGGAAGAAGGGACAGCUACAUAAAGGAUUAGAACUCUCGAAUAUGAAGAUAAUAUAAUACUCGUAGUUUAAUAUUGUAACUUCUGUAAGUUAAGUACUGAUGUGGUUAGUGACCUUUUUGAUAAUUUUACUCCAUAUUGAUUUUGUUCCAAGGGCUCUCCCAUUGGAACCCAUUAGAAAUGUAUAAUUCAUAGUUUACUUUUUAUUUUUUAUACUGUAAUGUUUGACAUGCCCUCAAUGUAACUUUAUAAGCUUUUCUCAUUGAUUCACAUUUGGAAAAGCCAAUGCUUGGGUUGGGUUGCAUCUCAUUUUUCCUCUGCUCAAGUGAACUUCAUAGCUUCUUCUGGAUUGGGUUGCAGAGUGAAUGAAAUAUUAUUUAUGGUAGGUUGAUAUCAACAUGAUAUGUUCGGGUAAUUCUGUUAAGGUAAAUUGUACUUACGUUUUUCUUAUAUAUCCACUGUACUUUUAUUCUAUCACCAUGUUCCUUUAGCACCAAUGUGAAAGGUGGUAUGAAAUCAACUGCCCUAUUUAAAAAAAUUAUUAAGAAAGUAAAGGGUAGUGGUACCUGAAGUCUAUGAAAGAAGAGUGUAACAGUAUCAACUUGUGGCAAAACAAUAUAGGUUAGUUCAUCUCAUUCCCUUUCCUUGUUAGUUCAUAGGGAAUUUGUUGUUGUAACUCUUUUUUUUGCAGGAAAUGAAGUGAUAAGAAUUAACAGCAGUGAAUUCAAGCCAACAUGUAUGAUUGCUAAGAAAUAAAAAUUCUAUAAAAUCUGCUUUUCUUUUUCAUUGAAAAGCAAAUCUAAACACCAGUUAAUAUCCUCUGUUUUCAAAAGAAAAUAAUUUUUGUUUAAUAUUUUAUGAGUUGUUGAAACUGAAAUUAGCAAUAAAACCAUCCAACUUAAGACUACCUAAAUCAUACUUGGUGAAUAAAACCAUCCUUCCUCAACCAACUUAUGACAAUAGAAAAUAUGCUAGUUGAACACAUGCUCUUGUCCCUCUCAGUUCAAAUGUAAAAAGAGCAUGAACAUUUAGUGUAUUUCUCUCUAAUCAAAUGCAAUUGCCAAU